AUGUCGGCACAUUCAUGCAAAGUCAUACCGUCCGCCGCUAUUGCGAAAAAACUUCUGGGAGAAGUGACUGCCGGCAUCAAGGCCCUAGACCAUCCACCACGCCUUCACGGCUUCCUCGCAAAUGCGGACCCAGCUGCCCGCAAAUAUGCGGAAUGGACGCAGAAAACUUGCACUGAGAAUGGCGUCGACUUCACCCUGCGCGAAGUCAACCGCGAACAGCUGGAAGAUGAGAUUCGCGAAGCCAACACCGACAGCAACAUCGAAGGCAUGAUAGUCUACUAUCCCGUAUUCGACGCGCCGCGAGAUCGCACGCUUCAAUGGACAGUCAGCUUAUACAAGGACGUGGAAGGCCUCUCACCACAACUCAUCAGCAACAUGUACCAAAACAUCAGAUUCCUCGACCCACCCGAAAACACCAGAAAAUCAAUUCUCCCGUGCACACCGCUGGCGAUUGUCAAAAUCCUCGAGUACCUGAAUAUCUACAACCCGAUCCUGGACUAUGGGAAGCGUCUGCAUGGGAAGCGAAUCACGGUUAUUAAUCGGAGUGAAGUUGUCGGGAGACCUCUCGCUGCGUUGCUGGCGAAUGAUGGCGCUGAAGUGUACAGUGUGGACAUCAGCGACAUUCAGCAGUUCAGCAGAGGUUCCGGGCUCAGGAAGCAGAAGCAUGAAGUCAAGGACAUGGAAGGCUGGACUUUGGAGAAUUGUUUGCCGAUUAGUGAUGUGGUCAUCAGUGGUGUUCCUGGAGAGAAGUACAAGGUCCCGACACAUCUUGUGAGGGAAGGCGCUGUUUGCAUAAAUUUCUCGAGUGAGAAGAACUUCAACCCCGACAUCAAGGAAAAGGCAUCAAUCUAUGUCCCGGCUAUCGGCAAGGUCACGAUCGUUGUUCUGAUGCGAAAUCUGCUCCGUCUCGUGCAGAACACGCCGCGCGUGAAUGGUGCGAAAGUAUAA